UAUUUGUGUAAUUCAGAUUUACGAAAUUAAUUUCACGUGAGACUGCUGUUUGAAAGAGCAACAUUCAUAUCAUCAUCGAGUGUCUAAAACCAUGUCCAAACUCCGCAACACCCCGGUGAUCGUCGGCGUCGGCGACAUCGUCAACCGCUCCAAAAGCAUUGAAGACGCCAUCGAGCCCCUCCAGCUCAUGAUCUCCGCGAUCCAGAACGCCAUCCAAGACUCAGGGCUGCAAGCCGCACGAAGCGCCGAACUCCAAUCCCAGAUCGACAGCGUCGACGUCGUCCAAUCCUGGACGUGGCCAUGUGACUAUCCCACCCUCAUCGCCGAACGAUUGGCCCUGGGGGGCGAUGGGGAGAGCCGUCUCCAUCUACACCUUUCGGACCACGGAGGGAACCAACCCGCGAAGUUGGUCGAUGAGGCGGCGAGGAGGAUCUCAUUGGGCGAGGCCAAGGUUGCGGUCGUCACGGGCGGUGAAGCUUUGGCAUCGUUAACAGCUUGUGUCAAGGCCGGUCAGAUCCCGCCUCAGAAUUGGACCGCUCCGAAUCGCGACAUCCGGGAAGUCUUCUCGCCGACGACGCGGGAGAUCCAAACGAGCCUCGGAGCGAAACAUGCGAUCGGCAACCCCAUUCACAUCUACCCCUUGUACGAGAACAGUUUCCGCGCGCACCGGAAUCAAUCCAUCAAGGACAAUCACGCCGAGUCCGCGAAACUCUACGCCGAAUUCGCCCAAGUCGCCGAGAGGAAUCCGAUCUCUUGGAACUUCGGCAGUAAAGCCGAGACAGAACAGAGCAUCGCAACAGUCGAGAAGCGGAAUCGCAUGAUUUGCCUGCCAUAUCCUCUACUCAUGAACGCAUUCAACACGGUCAACUGUGCCGCGGCCUGCAUCCUGACCUCGACGGAGAAUGCCCGACGGCUCGGAAUACCCUCUGAGAAAUGGAUCUACCCUCUCGGAGGCGGAGGAACUUCCGAUAGUGGCGAAUUCUGGAAACGUCCAAGCUUCUGGUGGAGCCCCUCGAUCUCGCGAAGUCUAGAUGCAGCACUGGACGUCUCUGCGCUUCGACCGGAGGACAUUGACAUCUACGACUUUUACUCAUGCUUCCCCAUCGUGCCGAAGCUGGCUUGUCACCAUCUCGGCAUCCCGAUCCUCAACUCCGACAAGCCGCUCACAUUACUCGGCGGUCUGACCUCCUUCGGCGGCGCCGGCAACAACUAUUCGUUACACGCCAUCACAGAGAUGACCCGCCAGCUCCGCGCCGGCAAGGGUAAGAACGGUCUGGUCCUGGCCAACGGCGGGUGGAUCACAUACGAGCACGUCAUCUGUCUUUCGCGCAGCCCGCGCAGCGACGGUCUGCCGUAUCCCGACGAGGAUCCGCUGCCGGGUUCCGUCACCGAUGUCCAGAUCCCACGGAUCGCCGAGCAAGCCGAAGGCGCGGCGAUCGUCGAGGUGAGUUUCCCCCUCGCUGCUUCCCCGGAGUCGGAGGAUCCCGUCCCCUCGGCGCGUGUCGGCACGAGUCACUAAUCUUCACGGCUGCGUGAAAUCACAGACAUACACGGUCGAAUUCAAGCGUGAUGGGACCCCCGGCU